AUGGCCAGCAGCUUUUGCUUUCUUGUUGUAGCAACACUCAUUAUGUGCAUAUUCAUGGCCACAACACCUUUAGUAGUGUCACUGAAUGUGGAGAGGAAGUUAAUAUCAGCAACCCCAGUAGAGUUUCUUGCAAAUCCUCCGGUGCCAGUGGCAUCUCCAUUCUCCGAGAUUUCUCCAGAUAUUGCACCUCUCUUCCCUUCUUCUGGUGGUGUGGUGCCUCCUGUUUCUUCUGUGCCAACUAUUCCUUCUAAUCCUAGUAAAAAUCCAGAUGAUGUGAUGUACCCUAUUGACCCUGAUUCUGCUGCUCUUGGACCUUCUGCUUUUUCACCUGUUUCCUCUGCUGUUUGUUGUGUUUCUCUUGCAACAUAUCUGAACAUUUCAGUACUGCUUCUAGUAAUCGGCUUAUUUUAUUCGAGUUAG